AUGCUCUGCCAUGGCUGCCGACACAUUCGCCCUCGAAAAUUUCGCUCCCUUUUGAUAGCCUUCGAAGGCAGAAGAAACUUUACAAACGGGCUCAGUGAAUCGACAGAUGUCGUGGUUUGCGGAGGCGGAAUUGCCGGAACAUCAGUGGCUUAUCACCUGGCGCUCAAGGGGAAACGAGUUUCGCUGUACGAACGAGAUGCCGUCGGAUGCGGUGGUGCUACAGGAAUGUCAGCCGGGUUGGUCUCGGCCCCGAUCUAUUGGCAGGACACGACAAACCAAAUCCUCGCCGAGACCUCCCUGAAGCUCUACAAUGAAUUGGCAAGCAGCGGGAAGUUCAGAUACGUCAAGUGUGGCAGAGUAUUUCUCGCCUCCUCCCUGGCCAGUGAAAUAUUGUUAAGGCGGAUGUACAGCCGAGGCAUCCUGCACAAAGAAGACGUCGAACUGCUGGACGAUCAAAGCGACAUGCUGGCCCGGUGGCCGUAUCUGCAAACCGAGGAUAUCCAGCUCGCCCUGUUCUCACCAGAAGACGUUGCAUUGGAUACACCGGCGAUGGUGCAAGAAUUGGCCGCACGGGCGAAGGCGUUGGGGGCGAAAAUCUAUGAGGGCGUCGAAGUCAAGGAGGUGCUGCUCGGGGACGAGAAACAGGUAUACGCGGUCCGUACUUCCAAUGGAAUUGUGGAGACGCCGGCUUUCGUUGAUGCGGCAGGCGUUUGGACCGGCAGCGUUCUCUGCAAACAUCUACCACAUCGCAAAAUCCAGACGGCGCACCAUCCCUGUACAUACACCUAUCUACACUCCACCAAAUUGCCGAGCAGCUCCGUCUGUGACACUACGCCCAUAAUCAACGAUUUGGACGGCAACGUGAUGAUGCGGCUGACCGGUUUCAAGACGUUGUGUGCUGGUUUUCAGGAAGACGGCAUCCGGCCGCUGGCCCGCCCAUCCGGAACUGGAGACUGGGCACAACCUGAAGCCGACUGGGAUAAAUUUGGCUCUUCCCUGUCUCGCCUGAUCCACCGCAUACCGAUAGCCGGCGAGAUCGACCAUGGGGAUUUGAUGUGCGGCAUGGAAGCCUAUACACCAGAUAAAGCGUGUACGAUCGGCGAGAGCAGCCAGGCAAAAGGAUACUACGUCGCUUCGGGCUUCAACGGACAGGGCCUGUCGCUGGCUGGUGGUGUCGGGAAGUUCCUCGCUGAAUGGAUUAUUGACCGCGACGUAUCUGUGGAUGUUGCGCGGAUAGACGUCGGUCGCUUCGUCGAAUUGCACGCCAAUUCACAGUACCUCAUCGAACGUACCCCGGAAAUUGCCGCUAUGACGUACAUCAACAUGUACAAUUCGCAUCAAUGCCACACAGCCCGAAAUCUGCGCAUGUCUCCCAUCUACCAUCAAUUAAGGGAUGCUGGCGCUGUGUUCGGUGAAAUCAUGGGCUACGAAAGGCCGCUCUGGUUCGAGCCCAACGCCCCAAAAGAGCGGAAUGCUCUGCUACAAGGCCAAGAUGUCCUCAUCGGAAAACCCGUCUGGUUUGAUAGGGUCCGAGCCGAGUACGAGGCUUGCCGUGAACGCGUCGGCCUCAUCGACAUGAGCAGCUUCUCCAAGUUUGAGAUCACGGGCGAUGAUUGCGUCUCUUUCCUACAAUAUCUCUGCUCGGCUGACAUUGAGCGGCCAAUCGGGACGACCAUCUACACGGGAAUGCAGAAUGACAAGGGCGGUUAUGUGACGGAUUGCACGAUCAGUCGGAUUCGUGAUAAAUGCUUCUUCAUGGUCGCACCUACCAUUCAACAAGACCGCUGCCUAUCCUGGAUGCGAAACUGGGCCACAGAGUUGAAGAAAAAUGUCCAUAUCCAGGAUGUGACCGGAAUGUACACGGCACUCGACGUCGUCGGGCCGUCCUCUAGGUAUCUGAUGACCGAUCUGACGGGUUUGCCGAUGGGCAAUCGUGAAUUUCCGGCUUUUAGAUGCCAGGAAAUGAACAUCGGGAUGGCGACCGGAAUCCGGGCGAUCAGCGUCACUCAUUGCGGCGAGCUCGGCUGGGUCAUCUAUAUCCCGAACGAGGUAGCUCAAAACGUCUAUGAACGACUCGUUGAAGCCGGAAAGGAAUACAGCAUGCUUCACGCUGGCUACUACACGCUGCGUCAACUGCGCAUCGAAAAGUUCUACGUCUACUGGGGCCAGGACAUCAACGCCACCGUGACACCCAUGGAGUGUGGCCGCGCAUUCCGCGUUGAUUUUAAGCACUCCGUGGGAGGCGAGGCAAGUCUCUGCGAUUUUGUCAAG